AUGAACAAGGAAGAAAACAAGAAAAAUAUGAAGUGUCAUGUGAAAGGUCAGAGGGGUGCUUCCAGUUUUGAGCUACCACUGGUCAAAUCAAGUUUUGAAUUGGCAAGAAAUUUCAGCAUCAAAAUGGAGGAAAGAAAGACCAAACAUGGAAAAAUAUAUGCACCUAUAUCAGAAGUUGAAACAGAAGUUGAAGCUCUUAGGAACAAAAAAAAAUAG